AUGGCGCCCUCAAGAAUCUCCCCAGACCCCUCGCCAUCCAAAACACCCCUCCUCGGUCUCACACCCAAACAAGUCGCCUCGUUCCAGCGCGAUGGCUACCUAAUAAUCCCCUCAUACCUCCCACGCGAGACAUGCCAGGCUCUCCUCUCCAAAACACACCAACUCCUACGUGAGUUCCCGCUGGAGGACCACCCGAUGACGCGGUUCACCACGGGGACGGACUCGACAGGCAAGCCGACGGAGAAGAAGCACGUGGGGGACGAGUACUUCCUGACGUCGGGGGACAAAGUGCGCUUCUUCUUCGAGGAGGACGCGUUCGAUCCGGGGACGGGGGAGUUGACCAAGCCCAAGGAAAAGGCCAUCAACAAGAUCGGCCAUAACUUACACGGGCUGGUGCCCGAGUUUGGAGCCGUGUCACAUAUGGGUGAGGUCGGGCGCCGCAACGCCGCCAUCGCGCGCGACCUGGGGUAUCAGGACCCGCGCCUGCUGCAGAGCAUGGUCAUCUGCAAACAACCCGAGAUCGGGGGCGCGGUGCCGCCGCACCAGGACAGCACGUUCCUGUACACCGACCGGCCGUCGGCCGUGGGCUUCUGGAUCGCGCUCGAGGACGCGACCGCCGAGAACGGGUGCCUGAGCUUCGCGCCGGGCAGCCACAGACGGGCGCCGAUCCGCGACCGCUUCGUGCGGCGCGAGGUCGACGGGUCCGCGGGGACGACGUUUGAAGGCGUGCGCGACGAAGCCGGACGGUGGCCGCGAGACUUUGAGCACCACGACUCACUAAAGGGCGACCGGCAGAGCGGAGAGGAAGAGGAGGAAUACGUCCUCGGCGAGGUCGAGGCCGGCAGCUUGGUGCUCAUCCACGGCAACAUCCUGCACAAGAGCGAGAAGAACACGUCCGCCAAAGGCCGCAUCAUCUACACGUUCCACCUGAUCGAGGGCCGUGAGCGCUACGACGACAAGAACUGGCUGCAGAUCCCCGGCGGGCCCGGGGCGUUUACGAAGCUGGAUGGGAAGUCAUAG